GCCAUGGACGCAAUAAAAGCUGCAUACGGAGCUACUGUACAAAUUAAAGAUCUUCCAAGGGAUGGGCUUAACCUAACAUUGAAAAUAAAUCUGUCAAAGCUUCCUGCAAAUCAUGAUCAAAGGCAAUCCUUUUUGGUGAAAAUUGCAUCAGUGAGGGAGGUUGUCCUUGGUGCACCAUUGAGAGUAAUUUUAAAACAUCUUGCUUCAAGAACUGUUGCUCCAGACAUUGAUCCGCUUGUCGCCCUUGUGCAUCGGCCAAGGGAGUUAUUUUUUCUUGUUCCAAAGGUAACAGCGUAUUAUAAGCAUGGUUAACUUCUUUUUUAGCCUAACUGCCUAAGUAUUCUUCACUAUCAAUCUUGAAAAUUUAUCAGUAGUAAAUUAUCUUCACAAAUUCUUGCAUUAAAAUACUCCCAGAUUCUUCACAAUUUAUCAGCCAUGGUUCUUCACAGUUUAUCAGCCAUAAGCCUCAAGAAUUACCAAAAGAAAUUAGAGUGAUUUUGGACAUAAAAGGUCAUCUCUUG